CUGGCCGGGCAUUAUUAUUUUCCAGAGUGUCGUACAAACUAAGGAUCUCAGCUCUUGCAUGCAAAGAGGAAAAAAAUGUCAUUUUCUACAACCAAAGGAGACUAGGAAGAAGAGUCGAGCGACAAAAUCAUUAAUCUUGUGGCUCUCAUCUCUUAGCAACUGGAUCGAUGAAUUGGUCAUUACCGGACGUCAAAGUCUUCCGAACUUAGAAAAUUCAAUCCCUCCUCCACUACGGAACUUGAUGUGGCCAGAGCACAUUGAGAGCUACGUAGGAUCCAUCUCAUGGAUUUAAUGGUGUGAUACUGAAAGACAACAGAGUAGAAUAGACAGCACUGUGUCGCCGUUGGUGGUCUGUAAUUUCCAGGGACCAAGUAUUUUUUGUCCUGCUUGAACUUUGACUUCUUCAACUCUCCCAUCUCCAUAUUUCACUCGGUGAGAGAAUAGUACCUAACGACCAAAAUUCUCCUUUAAAGUUCUGAUAAAUUGUUGUUCUUGUGCUUUACGUCUUUGAUCAAUCCUUACGUCGGCUCUCAUUCAUACUUCCAUGACUUUAUCACUUUGUUUUUUUGCUUUCCUAUGUCUGAUCUUAUUUCCUGAUCAUGUUGCUCAAUCUCAAAACGUUGAAUUCGUCUUUCAUGGAUUCAAAGGUCAGGAAGCAAGUCUCAUCACAGAGGGAGCCUCUUUUACCAAGCCCACUGGUUUACUUCGGCUCACCAAUCGAUCAAACUUCGUUACAGGCCAUGCAUUCUAUACCAAACCCGUUCCGAUCAUUAACAGGAGUAGUUCUUCUUCAUCCCGAAACGCUUAUUCUUUCAGCACAUCUUUUGUUUUUUGCAUAAUCCCCCCAGGCUCCGGCAGAGGUGGUCAUGGUUUUGCUUUCAUUUUGUCUCCCGACAAGCACCUUCCUGGAGCUCAGGAUGAGCAUUACCUUGGAAUUUUCAAGGAAUCCAACGAUGGAAAUUCUUCCAAUCAUAUAUUUGCUGUUGAAUUUGAUACGGUUAAAGGGUAUAACGAGCCUUCCGAUUCUGAAGGAAACCAUGUGGGGAUCAACAUCAAUGGCAUGUCUAAUCCCGUGGCAGCUAGACCAGCUGCUUAUAGUGAGCAGGGCAAUGAACAAAACGAAAGAGAUAUUAAAUUGGAGAGCGGUGAUCGUAUUCUUGCCUGGAUAGAAUAUGAUGGGCAGCAAAAAGUUGUGAAUGUUACAAUAUCUCCAGCAAAGAAACCGAAACCGAGCAAACCCCUCAUUACUCUGCAAAAAGAUCUGACUUCCAUUCUUUUGGAUAGCAUGUAUGUUGGUUUCUCCGCAUCAACGGGCGAGAAAUCAAGCUCUCAUUACAUCUUAGGAUGGAGUUUUUCGACGAAAGGAGUUGCUCCUCCACUAAAUCUUUCACAACUUCCUGCGCCACCUCCAGAGGAGAAAAGUCUAUCUUUCAAACCCCAAGUUACUGCAGUGACUGCCACUUUAUCUGUUUUAACGAUUAUUUUGUUGGGACCCUAGUAGCUUGUAUUAAUUGAAUUUUUCUUGAGGUAUUUGUAUUAAUUGAAUUUUGAAAUAGUGUUGUCACAUUGAUUUUCAUAUAUAAAAUAAAAUGUAUUUAAUUUUUCUUUGAAGGAUAGACUAAUAAUGUAUUUUUGGUAUGGUUAGGAGGUCCAUAAAUAUUGGGUCGUUGACUCUAUUAUUAUUCUUCAUAUGGACACGCAACCAAUGAAUUAAAUACGGA